AUGUGCCACGCCCGCCCCCAGAACCACCCCUGCGGCCACUCCUCGGUCAAGUGGUCCUACUGCCCGGCCGCGCGCAUCGACCUCUCGACGGGCCAGGAGACGCCCUGCCGGCGGCAGACGUACACGACGGCCCAGGCCAACGACGGCACCUGCAGCCUGCGCACCUGCUGGUUCGGCCGGCACGCGCGGCCCUCCUCGAGCGCCUGGGUCUGCUGCGCGUGCGGCCAGGGCCCCAACGAGAAGGGGUGGUGCACGUUCGAGCGCCAGGCGCCCUGCUGGCAGCAGAACUACAUGACGGGCGAGUACGAGGUCGUCGUCGACUGCGGGCACGGGUGCUGCCAGGACUGCGAGCCGUAUGAUGACGGCGAGCAAGGCGGCGAAGAGUCUAUCGACGAAGAGGCUGAGGCGGACCGCCGGCGCGAGCGGAGCCAGUCGGUGUCUGGCAAGAAGCACAGCAGCAGCGGUCGAAGCAAGACCAGCAAGACCAGCAAGAAGCCGAGCAAGGGCAAGGAGCAGAGCCAAGGACACAGUAAGAAGCGUUAA